AUGUUUUGGGCUACUUCUCUUAAACAAGGCAGUACUUGCAAUCUCUCCCAGCAAAAAGACAAAGGCGAGCUUCUUCAUCUUUCCCAAUCAAUCCUUCAUCCAAAUGGACCAGAAGGCCUUCAUACAGUCUUCGUCACAGUUGAUGGCAAAAAGUACCCAAUCGCUAAUUUAGACAAAAAGUCAAAAGACACUGCCCAGCUCGAUCUCUAUUUCCAAGCCGUAAGCUCCCCAGUUUUCUCCAUCCAAGGACCAGGUGAAGUUUCUUUACUCGGCUAUUUUGAGCCAGAAGAAGAAUCAGGUCCAAAGUUCGCUGAAGAAAGCGACUCAGAGGUGGAGGAAGAAGAAGAAGCUUCUAGCGAAGAAGAAAGUGAAAGCGAAGAGGAAGAAGAAGAAGAAGAAGAAGUCAAGCCUAAGACUAAUGGCCAAAAGCCUCAGCCAAAACCUCAGGCCAAGCCUCAAGCUCAAGCAAAACCUGAAUCACCUAGUGAUGAAGAAGAAAGCGACGAAGAGAGUGAAGGGGAAAGCGAAGAAAGCAAAGAGGAAAGCGAUGAAGACGAAAGUGACAGCGAAGAAGAUGAACUUCCUAAGAAAAGAGAAGGAGGAGCUGCAUCUGCUGGACAACCACAGAAACAAGGCAAAGGACAGCCUCAAAAAUCACAGCAAAAGACUCCUCAAAAGCAACAGGAAAACCAACCAAAACAGCAAACUCCUCAGCCAAAACAGCAAACUCCUCAACAAAAGCAAACCCCAAAGCAGCAGACACCAGGGUUUAAAUCAGCUGAAAAGAGCGGCCAAAAGCCUCAAGAAAAAUCUGGCAAGAAAGAACAAAAGCACUAA